AUGAACGUGAUGUCCGAGGAAUAUCCUAACAAGCGCCGACGAGGACGCGGCAAAGAGCGUGUGCGAGUAACACGAAAAAGCUGCGCUGUUCUGGAACCCUUCCUUGUUCACUAUGUCUUCGGUCAGGGGCAGAUUUCACCGCCGAUGACUGCCAAGUCAGCUAAUACCGCCUCUGAAAAAUUGGAGAGUAAACCGCAGUCGUCGGAGCGAUCAAGCAUGUCCACGGAAGAAAUAGCUCUACCCACAGCCAGCUCUCCAUCACUUUCACAUGCCAGAGUUGCAUAUCAUGAUCACGCACCCUACAACCUGAAUCAUGAUACCCGACAGCCCAAUCCCCAUCUCGCCGCGCUACAGGGAGAGGAAGGCGAAGAGGCAAUUUCUUCGCGUAAUUCUCCAGACGCAAAUCAAACCGACCUAGAGGGGCAUUAUGUUGGACCAUCUUCAGGAGUAUCAUUUUUACUCAGAGUCCAAAAGCGCAUCCACGAGAAUGUGGCCGUUUUUUCGAAUGGCCCCAUCUUCAACUUUGGCGAUGCACCUUUACCAAAACAAGAUUCUCAAUUCUUGGUACUUCCUCCCAAGGAUGAAGCUCAAAUUCUUGUGAAUCGAUAUUUCGACUUUGCAUUUCCAACCCAUCGUUUCCUCCAUCAAGCUACGAUUGAGACUUGGCUUGAUACAUUUUACUCCGAUGUGCAUGGAUCAGAUGACUCCCUGAGCCAGGCAGUAAAGGCGUUGCUGCUGAUGGUCAUGGUUCAAGGAAAGCAGUAUCUUCCUAAUCAAGGGCCAGUUGUUGGCCAGUCUGUGAAAAGGAAGCGGGUCUUCUGGUGUGCAUACAGCUUGGAUAUUUACCUCAGUGCAGCGCUGGGUCGCCCGAAGAUCUUUCAUGAUGAAGAUAUUGACCAAGAUCUCCCAGCAUGCGCAAGUGAUCGCCAGAUCACAAAAAGUGCCAUUCUUCCAGCAUUUUCUCAUGGCCAGAGCGUUAUGUUAGCGCCUAUAUUUCACGCCAAACUCGUAAGAAUAAUCAGUGGAAUUUUGAAAGAUUUGUACGGUCUGAAGCAAAAGAACCUCGAGGCCCAAGCAGUCAUCGCACAAAAGUAUGGUGCAAGUCUCGCAGAAUGGCGAAGUGGCAUUGGUCCAUUCCUCGAAACUUCCAACAUUGAGCUUCUCCAACCAACAUACCAGAGACAGUACAAUGUCCUAAAUCUAGCCUUUGCACAUGCAGAGAUCCUGCUCUAUAGACCAUUCUUGCUGCGAAACCUGGCCUCUCUAGGAAGGCGUUCUGGCCACACGCAUUCGCAAUUGCAACAAGACAUUCAAACUAAUGUCGAGAAGUGUUUGCAAGCAGCUUCCAAAAUAGCAGGGUUGUUCAAAGAGCUUUGCAGGUCAAAGCGGAUGUAUCGAUCUUUUUGGUUUACACAUUACUACGUCUUUUGUGCCAUCGUGGUUCUAUACGUCUACGUGAUCCAACAUCGCUCGACUCCAACACAUUAUCUGAGUCAGUACCUGCAUAUGGGCGAAGAAGCACAAAAGGACCUGGCCCAAUGUGGCACUCUAGCGUCAUUUCCGCAGCGAUACGUUGUAGUUCUGGAAGAGUUACGCAAGGAAGCACUACGGCUGACUAGCUCGUCAUCUACUCUUGCUGCUGUUGCUGAUAUUGAACAUGCGGGGGAAAAGCUUGCACAGGCUGAUCAUUUCGAGUCAGGCAGUAUAUCUACAGCGCAGGUCCCUGACAGCAUGGGAAACUAUGACCAUUCUGCAUCUCCGGGGUGGAUUCCAAACUUUGUCCAGGACCCUAGCCCAGCAUCUUAUCUUGCUGAUAUGACAGGAUGGAGCGAGUUUGACUCGCUUGUUCUGACCGGUUUAGGUGAAUUGGGCCAUUUCUUCCCGGGUGAUGCUGGUGAAUACCAGUGA